UUUACGACAGGCCGCGUUUCACACCACCAACAUGGCGUCCCCCUGCCGGCCGUUGCUGUGGUAGUGGUGUCUGCCUCAGGUGGCCGGAGGCGGCGCUGAGCUGCGGUCCACCCGGGAAACUGCAGAAGUUCGUUUCUGGUCACGACUCUCGAAAGCCCAGCGUGUUCUUAGGGUCGCGAGCCUGAGAAAGUUCCUCAAGUCCCCGGUUGGUUUUCCCGUGCUGUCUCGGGACGCCCUCGGGUCCCGGGCCCGCCCUCGUCCCACCGGUAUCCCCGGACUCCCGUCAUGAGCCUUAGGCUGCUGCUUUCGCGUCGGCCCCGCAGUCUUGGGGCCUCGGGCCCCCCACGUCGCCGAUGGUGGUCUCGGUCCCUCGACACGGCCCCCUUGGUUGGCUCGUGGCGUGGUCGGUGCUCCAAGUCGCCGGCUCACUGGAGCCAGGUGGUGUCGGAGGCGGAGAAGAUAGUGGGCUACCCCACGUCCUUCAUGAGCCUCCGGUGCCUGCUCAGCGACGAGCUCAGCAACAUCGCCAUGCAGGUGCGGAAGCUGGUGGGGACGCGGCACCCCCUGCUCACCACGGCCAGGGGGCUUGUACAUGACAGCCGGCAUAACCUUCAGUUGAGAGGCUUGGUAGUGUUGCUCAUUUCCAAAGCAGCAGGGCCCAGCAGCAUGAACGAUUCAUGUCAGAAUUAUGACAUGGUCAGUGGCAUCUACUCAUGUCAAAGAAGUUUGGCAGAGAUUACAGAACUUAUCCACACUGCCCUCCUUGUACAUCGUGGGAUAGUAAAUUUAACUGAAUUGCAGUCAUCUGAUGGACCAUUGAAAGACAUGCAGUUUGGAAAUAAAAUAGCCAUCCUGAGUGGAGACUUUCUUCUAGCAAAUGCCUGCAAUGCACUAGCUCUCCUACAGAAUACCAAGGUUGCAGAACUUAUAGCAAGUGCUCUUAUGGAUUUGGUACAUGGAGUAUACCAGGAAAAGCCUACUUCCACCAAGUUUAACUGUCUCUUUCAGAUUAAUUCUGACCUCCAGCCAUUUAUUAAAGAAAAGAGCAAAGACUCCAUGACUUUUAACUUAAACUCGGCUCCUGUAGUCUUACAUCAGGAGUUUCUUGGAAGAGAUUUGUGGAUUAAGCAGAUCAGAGAGGCUCAAGAAAAAGGAAGAUUAAACUAUACUAAGUUGUGUGAAACAAUCAAAGCUGGCAAAGGUGUGACUUCAGCUAUUGACCUGUGUCGUUACCAUGGAAACAAGGCACUGGAAGCCCUGGAGAGCUUCCCUCCCUCAGAGGCCAGAUCAGCUUUGGAAAAUAUUGUAUUUGCUGUGACCAGAUUUUCCUGACACCAAAUUUAAAAGACACUAGUGCUCCUUGGCUGAAAAAACUAGAGAAUGAGGUGAUCAGAAGAACUUUUGUGAUCAAAAAAAUCUGAACAUGUUAAUGAUUUUAAACACAUCCACACUGUUUCCUUUGAUCAUAUUGCUAAAUGAAUACUGCCUUCCUUUUGGAUCUACUACAAACAAAAUCAGAAGAAAAAAAGGUCAAGCCGUUUUCACUUGUCACACCAGCAGCACACUUGAGGCUGCAGUAGCAGAAAUAAUUAAUGAGAUUCGCUCUGUGACCUCAGCAAAUGGACAGGAAAUAAGUCCUUAUUGAUUGGACUGAGCCAGGGAUGGCGCCAGGGCGGGGGGCCUGUGGUUUUCCUUGCGGAGAGGACACAGCAAGCUGGAAGCUGCAGGUGUCAAGAGAAGCAUCGUUGAGACCGGCCCUGGAGAACUGUCACAUUGAAGCCUACUGACCAGUUGUCAUGAGAGAGAAUAGUUCAUUAACAAACAAAAAUAUAGUCAUUGGUUAUGUCUCUCUCUUUAUGGAUACAAUAUGAAUAUACUUUGUGCACUAUAGGGUUUUUAUAAGAUUCUGGGAGGAAGGAACUGCUGAAAGUUGCCAAAUAUUUGGAGUUGGAGAUUAAGGUAUUAUUAAAUGUUAACAGUUAUAUUAGGAA